AUGCCCGUCUCUGGUGCCUUGAUGGUCAACACCUCAGCCACAGUAGGCAACCCCUCUCCGCCUGAAUCCCUAUACGACAUCACCGAAGGGUCCAUCCGCGGAUCUUAUGGCAGGCCCAGUCCCGUAUACAGCGGCGCCGAGUUGUCCGCUGGGGGCGUGUACCCCACUGAAUCUGACUACGCCUUCAACAAUUUCGACACAAGCUCUCUGGACUGGUCUACAAACCCACCACUGUCACCACCCCCGGAGCCAUUUGUCAAGGAUAUGUUUGAAGUUCCGGACGAGGCUUAUAGAUCAUCGGGAGAAACCGUCUGCGAAUAUGUUGGCGUUUCCAAGAUCCAAGCGUACAGGUUAGGACCACAUUUCAGAACGAGGGACCCAGAUACUAACCCAGUCAGCAAGUCUGGCCGCUCCCAACCCAGGCCUAUUCGACCCUCCAAUGAACGCACCAGUUCCCAGGACAGUACCGAGGACGCAUCCAGUCCAGGAUCCAAGGACGAUGGCGACAAAGUCAAGGCCCGUAGCGACCCCCUGUACGACAUGAAGCCCGACAAGGACGGGCUCUACCACUGCCCCAAGAAGAACGAAUUGAACUGCACCCACAAACCCACCAAGCAAAAGUGCAUCUUUGCGCCCUACACUUGCCGGUUCGCUAGCUCCAAGCAGGACUGCGAGGAUCUCCGCUUCUCAUCCAAUGCCUGCUUGUUCCGACACGAGCGUGAGGCGCACGGCAUGCACAACCAUGGGCACAACCCUUACCUAUGCAACUUCGCGGACUGUGACCGAGCCAAGCCUGGCAAUGGAUUCCCAAGGAGAUGGAACCAGCGUGAUCAUAUGAAACGUGUACACGGCUUUGACGACAAUCAGUCCGCUGCCGAUCGCCGACGGCGCAACGGACCCUCCUCGGUGCCCAUGAGGCGAUCUGGCUCCGGUGGCCGGCCACGUGGGCCUCAGCCGUACUCGAAGGAAGGUCGCCCUGCUGUGACACCUCGCCAUGCCCAGAUGCUGUAUGCUCCUGUGCCGGACUACGCUUUGCCCGUGACCAACGCUGCUCUGGAUCAGUUCCAGUAUGCACCCAGUCCUCAUACUCUGUACUACCACCCGGUGUACUGA